ACAUGCCAAACAGAGGGAUUCAGGACUCCGGCAAGGCUGUCCAUACUUCUCUCAGCGACAAACGGAACGGAGGCGUCUACUCAAGUUGUGCGCACAGAAAUGAGUCACAAGGUUGCAAGCACGGAUGGGAAUUGGAAGCGAGACUGUGGAUUUCGGGGCUUUGAGUCUCUAAAGGGAAAGCAAGAGGCACUGCAAGAUUUGUGUGGUGUGACCCUGCAAGUCGUCUCCCUUUUGAACAUGUUGCCAUCACCAAGGUACAGGUGCAAUGCGAUGUCAAGUGAAGACAAGCUGUGCUUGUUCCUGGCCAAGCUGCGUCUUGGUAUAACGUACAGUGCCCUAGGAGCAGUAUUUAGUGUUACAGCCACAACAGCAUCAACGGUGUUUAGGCAAACGCUUGGUAUUCUGAGCAUUGCCCUGAAGAACUGGGUCUUCAUGCCUUCUCGGGAAAUAAUCAAGCUUUCUUUGCCUGACCCAUUGAAAGAGAACUAUCCAAAUUGCACCUUAAUAAUAGACUGCACAGAGAUCCGCACAAACACACCCUCAAAUCCUGAUUGUCAGCACAUGCUGUAUUCACAUUACAAAGGAGGAUACACACUGAAGGUCUUAGUAGGUAUAAUUCCUAAUGGCGCGAUAAGUUUAAUAUCCAAGGUAUACGGAGGACGACACACUGAUUCGUUCAUAAGACAAGACGCUGGCUUCCUGCAGCUUCUCAAACCAGGGGACUUCAUUUUAAGUGACAAAGGAUUUUCAAGCAUCCGAACAACUGUAGAGGGGAGUGGUGCGGUGCUGCUCAUGCCGCCUUUUAUUUCAGGAGGCGGUAAACUGUCUGCACACGACAUGGAGAUUACAUACAAGAUUGCUUCUGUGCGCAUCCAAGUAGAAAGAGUAAUCCAAAGGUUGAAGAUUUAUCAUAUUCUAAGGAACAGAGUACCGCUAAGCCUGGUCCCACACAUGAACAAAGUCGUUUCACUAUGUGCCUCCCUUGUGAACAUGCAGGCACCCAUUUUCAAGAAAUAA